AUGAGCCCCGAGUUGUGUACGGUGUUGGCGGUGUGCGCGGCCCUCGACGACAAGUUGUUCGCCGGCGUGCCGGGCCACUGGGGAGCGCAAGCUGAGCCUGGCCAUCCGCGCCUGGAAGAAGUCCGUCAAGGGCAGCGCGCCGACCGAACAAAACCUCAAGAUCACCCUGGCGCUCAUAAGUGGUUCGGUGGUCGUCGUCGCGGAGGAGAAGCUGCGCAAGGCGAAGGCCAUACCCACGCCCACGCCAUGAAGUUUAUCCACCACAUAUACACGGUGCUCACCGGCCGCCUGUCGACCUCGCUGUUCGACGACACCUUGGAGAAGAGCCUCGACGAUGAGCUGCACGACGGCAUCGAGCAGUGGCAGCGCUUCAUUGGACUACAUCCGAUGCGCCCCGACGCGAUGCUAGAAAAAGUCCAGGAGAUCGCGAAAAAGGCCCAUGACAGGGCGCUACCAGUCCUGCUGGAGGCGUUGCAGAAGCUGCAAAAGCCGGACGACGAUGAGGAUGUCGACGGCCCGGUGAAGGUGGAGGUGUGGAUCCCGCCCCUUGGCCCGUCUCCCCGUCCCACCAACCACUGCCGCAACGCCGACACAAUUUACGAGACGGUGUGCGUGUAUUUUGACAGCCACGGCAUGGCCGACGGCGAGGCCGCCAAGAUCAUGGAGACGCUCAAGAGUCAAUUCGAGACGCAGCUGGACAUGAUGGGCCACAAGAAAAACGAUGUGGCUGAUAUUGCGGUCCACACGUUCCGCGACGACACGGCUGCCGGGGACCCGCAGCUCCGCGGCGUCAUCGUGUUCUUGACGAACUUGGCCGUCCUCGAGAGUUUGGAGCACGUGCGCCUGGGCGCCGGCUUCUUCCACGUGCAAAAGACCGACGACCCGCGCGACGUGAAGGUGGUCGACAAGUUGUGUGCCGAGAUUGGCGACGGCAUGGAGGGCGAGGGU